AUGGCAAGGGGGACACUGGGGGCGUUCAUGCUUCGGGAACUGUGGUGGAAACAGUUACCUAAUGAUAAUCUUCGGGAGAUUAACAUUUAUGCCUUGGAGUAUGUAUGCAACCAGCAACACCAGCACAGCGCUUACCUCCGUCUGCUUCGGAAUUCGGACAUGGCGCAAAAGCAAAAAGUGGUGUACGUUUCGAAUCUCCCUUACGAAGCUACGCAUGAUGCAUUAGAGGCUGCAUUUGAGAAGGAAGGCUACAGCGUGGAACAUAUCGAGCUCAUAAAAAAGGGCGCAGGAAGCAGGACGAAGGCUUGUGGAUUAGCAGCAGUCACUCUUAAAGAGGGAACAGACCGAGACGUGUGCUGCAAAAAAAUGGACGGCAAGGGAUGUUUCGGGCGACCCAUGAUCGUACGGUUGGACAAAUUCUGUGGAGACGACUUGGCAUAUUCACCAAAGGGCCCGGGCUCGCGCAAUGAGACAGGAGCGCAAUAAGGCAAGAGCGCAAUGAGAACGGUGCAUGCGCAUCAAUAUCAAUGCAUGCAGUUUCCAAACGCAAUCCAGUAUUCAGCAAGGACAGCACACGUCCAUGCAGUACGCAGAUUGGCCGCGGGGGAAAAUCCCCGCUGGGCGGGCUCCGUAGUAAUGGUGCAUACACAAACCCAGACACGCCACGUCACGCUGGUAAGCACACCGAGGAUGCACAACGAAAAAAGAAGGCACUAUCCCAGUCCCACAGGAAGCUGCGGGGUGAUGCUGCCCGUCUUGAAUGUUGGUGGCCUGGACGUCGAUGGCAUCGCAGCAACCUGUUUGCUUAAUUAAAACAGCGGGUGGUACGUGGGCUUUAAGGCAGUACUAGGUAUAGUAUUCCUGUAAGGGCCUUAUGCGGCCAGUACUGCAGUACAGU